AUGUAAUACCGAGAUCGAGAAAACACAAUGAAGGACUUCAGAUAUCUAUUUCAUUUGAUACUAGCUCUUGAGUUGAUCUGGGCAUUCGACAACAUGCUGGAAGUAUUUGUAUUUUCUGGAGACCUCCCUGCCUUCAACUAUUCAUUAUGGAUUUCAAUGCUUGUCUUGAGGAAAGUGAAUAAUCCUACAAAUAAUCUUAAAAUAUUGCAUAUCACUGCUCAUGCAAUUACUGUGCUGGUAUCUAUUUGUGCAUUGUUGGGCAUCUACUAUUCAUUCGGAUUUGGAUUAUCUGUUAAGCUAUUUAUCAAGCAAUGGAGUCUUUACAUGAUCUUUUAGAUUACUUAUGUAGUGCUAAGAUUCUUUUUAGUAUUAGUUUUUAGUCUUGCUUAAAAAGACUACGAUCAGCUAGUAGACUAGCCUGGCUAUUUGAUUAUAAGACUUUUGGUAAUGUUUAUGCAAUAAUUAUCCAUAAGCAGCCUGAUUGUUGUUCUAGCUAUUUCACCAGAAAGACUAAAAAAAUUCAGGUUUUGCUGGCAUACAAAGAGAGAAUCUGAGUUUUCCACAGAGGCAACAUAAGGAAUAAUUACCAAUAGAGAUACUAGAAAAUUCACUAAGAAUCCUUACUAAUUAGAAGAUAUAAAAGAAGAUUUAGAAGAUGAUGUUACUCAAGGAGGUGAUGCUUUAACCAGCACUGAAACGAAAGUGAACUUUAAUAAGAUGAUGAAUCGACAAACUUAGAAGAAAAUAGAUCGAUAUUGGACAGAUGAGGAAUUUAAAGCUAAGUAUAGCCCAUCAGUUCUAAAAAAGUAAACGACCCUGGUGCUCAAAACUAGUUUCCAUCUUAUCAAUAUCAUUCUAAUGGGAAUGUGUGCUGUGUUUAAGCAACGUACUAAUCCUAGAAGAACUAGUUCUGGGGUUACAAACAAAACCUAAAAAAAGAAUGAAAAAAAUACCUCUGUAAAGAGUUUUGACAACAUUAAGCAUUAGAUAGACUUGAUUGAUUUUAUGAAUGCUUUCAAUGACUAUUUGAUUUAUGAUAUUGGUCCAACAAAUAACACAAUUGAGAUAAUAGAAUUUGCUCCUGCAACUUUUAGCGCUAUUAGACAGAAAUUUGGUAUUUCAGAUGAUUUGCUUUUCAACUCUUUCAUUCCCAUCCACAAUAUUCAAGCCAUACAUAACUUCUUCACAGGUGCAGGAAAAUCUUCAAGUUUCUUUUUCUUUGCAGACAACAAAUCUUUCGUUCUAAAGACUCUUAAAGAAAGUGAGAAAAGACUACUUUUAGAAACAAAUCUACUUGAAAACUAUUAUGAGCACAUACUUUAAAACCCGAAUACUAUCUUGUCUAGAUAUUAUGGAGUUUAUUAAAUUAGGGUCGGAAAUAUGGCAGAAAUCAAUUGUUUCAUCAUGGAUAAUUUGCUAGGCUAAGAUUUCUUUAACAUAGAGAGAAUAUUUGAUCUGAAGGGAUCAACUAGAGGGAGAAUAGUUAAUCUAAGUGAAAAUGAAAUAAAAACCGGAUCCGGGCUUAAAGUUCUUAAGGAUUUGAAUUUUAUCAACUUGGGAGAAAAACUUUAAGUGCCUGAGCAUAAGAGAAAUGAAAUCUUAAAUAUCCUUGAAAAAGACAGUCUAUUUCUGAGUUAAAACAAUCUGAUGGACUAUAGCUUACUUUUUAUCAAAGCUAAGAAUGUUGAUGCAAAAAAAUCCUCAGAGAUGUAAAAGAUGCCAGCAAUAGUAUAUGUUAAAUAAAAAAACGGUGAGAAUCAGUUAUAGCUUAGAGAAACUGAUGAGUUGGAAAUUCAGAAUGUUCCAUUCAAGACUGUCCCCUAUAUACCUGGCAUGACUGAGACUAAUUCAUUUAGCCCAUAGAUAAACUCUCAAGGUAAGAAAAAAGCAAAAAGGACUUCAAAAUCUAUACAGAUAAUGCCAGAAAUGUCUAAAAGCAAAAGCUAGAUUGUUUAUAAAUAGGACUUAAAAUUCACAACAGAUAUUUAGACUAAUGUUGCUGACAGAACUAAUAAUGUUGAUGAUAUUUAGGAGUUUUUGAAUGAGAGAGAGCAUUAUAAUAAUCAAGGUUUUAGACUUGAAAGUGGUCUAUCAGUUUAUUCAAGAAAAGACUAAAACAAAGAGAGUAUUAUUCAUGAAGCCGAUAAAUAUGUUAUUGAGAGCUGCUUUAAUGAAUACAAGUUUGAUGCUGGAGUUUAUCUUAGCUUAGAUAAAGAAUAUAGAUACAAGUUGGGUGUAAUAGAUUUCUUAACUGACUACAAUACUGCAAAAAAAUUAGAGACGACCUGGAACACAAUCAAACAUUGGAAUAAUGCUCACGAAACAUCAUGCCAAUAGCCAGAGAUUUACUCUCAAAGGUUCAUCAGAUUCUUAAAUGAGGUAUUAUGA